AUGACAGGGAACCUGUCUCUGUGGGUUUCCACACCUGCUGAUCCUUUACAGAAUGACUCUGUCUUCUCCCUGCUGAGCUCGCCUGCUCCAACCUCCCCGCCACCCUGGGAGGCUCCAUCAUUCACUGUGGCGGCCCGUUGCCGUGUCGCAGCCACUCUGGUGCUGUUUGUCUUUGCUGCUGGCAGUAACUUGUCGGUCCUGAUCAGCGUGUGCUGGGGGCGAGGUUAUCGCCUGGCGGCACACCUGCGCCCACUCAUCGCCAGCAUGGCAUCCGCUGAUCUUGUAAUGACUUUUGUGGUGAUGCCGCUGGAUGCCAUUUGGAACAUUACAGUGCAGUGGUACGCUGGGGAUAUUAUGUGUAAGCUGCUGUGCUUCCUUAAGCUCUUUGCCAUGCACUCAGCAGCAUUCAUACUGGUGGUGGUGAGUCUGGACCGCUAUCGGGCCAUCCUUCAUCCUUUGGAUUCUCUCGAUGCAGGGCUCAGGAACAGACGCAUGCUGCUGGUGGCCUGGACUCUGAGUCUGCUGCUGGCAUCUCCACAGCUGUUCAUCUUCCGGGCCAUUAAAGCUGAUGGAGUGGACUUCACUCAGUGUGUGACCCACGGAAGUUUCCAGUAUCUCUGGCAGGAGACGGCAUACAACAUGUUUCACUUUGUGACGCUGUAUGUCUUCCCCCUGCUUGUCAUGACUUUCUGCUACACCCGCAUCCUCGCCAAGAUCAAUGGGCAGAUGCGCAAGACCAAAGAUGGUGAGCAUUGCCUUAGACGCAGUGGAACAGACAUGAUACCCAAAGCCCGGAUGAAGACCCUCAAGAUGACCAUUGUGAUCGUUAGCUCUUUCGUCAUCUGUUGGACACCCUACUACCUCCUGGGGAUCUGGUACUGGUUCCAACCAGCCAUGAUCAAGCACACACCUGAGUAUGUGCACCACAUACUGUUUGUCUUUGGCAACCUAAACACGUGCUGUGAUCCUGUCAUCUACGGCUUCUACACACCGUCUUUCCGGGCCGAUCUCGCUGACGUGUUGGCGUGCUGCCAUGGUCGGCAAACCAAUGCCUCGCCCCGCUCUGUGGAUCGUCUGUCUGCACGAAGUGCUGGAGCUGCUGUAGAGAUGGAGUCUGAUCUAAGCUCGAACCAGCAUAGCGGGAACCCCAGUUAAACAGUGGAACAUCUCACUCUGAGGAAUUAAGCAUUGUUAUGAUAUAGCCAAUGUCGUUAAUGGGGGUCAGCUGUUUAAUUCUCGAGGAAAUCCAUGGGUACAUAAUUGGAUGGGAACCUCUUGCCCUUUAGGACAACUGUUUUAAGCUGUGGAACUGUGAUCCAGAGGGAAAAACCUCUCUUCUCAACAUCUGCACCAACCGAUUUUUAUGCCCUCGCUGGUCUUCUAUGGUCUCUCAAGAUCACAAACAAAAGCUGAUGUGCUGUAAGACCAGUGUGCCACUAC